AUGCGAUUUGCAUAUGCUGCUGUCGGUGCUGCUGGUAUCUUAACUUCAACCAUGACAGAGGGCCGAGCGCUUCCCAUCUCGCAAAUUAUGUCGAGAACCACUUCUUUUCAAUCUAGGUCUAUCAACCCUUAUACUAGCCAGCAAACCCUUGCAAGCGCCCCUUAUACUCCCGACGUUGAUUCGUCAGCAUUGCCCGCCAGCGGCAGAUCAGCCCGACCUAUCAUCGCCCCAGAGGCAUCAGUUAAUUUUCAAAAUCCUACGGACAGUUUCAACACAACGGUGUACACGUCUGACCGUCAAAAUGCUGGCGGAUCUCAGCAAACUGGCUCACAGCCAAUCAUGGACGCUCAAUACAUGGCAGGCUAUCAAGUUGGAUUCCAAGCAGGUUCACGAGUUGCGGCCUCUGGGAUAGCUCCUGUUGAGCAACAAGUGUCGGCUUUGUUUGACCAAAACGCAAAUUAUAAUGCCGGAGUACAGGCCGGUUUUGAGGCGGGUGUCCAACAGCAUGCUCGCGCGGGCAUCAAUCAAGCACUUACCGGUGUCAACUCUGUUCGUGGCACGCAAACCCAACCCGGUUCAUCUUCAUCACUCAACGCCUCCGGACAUCAGAAUUUAGAGGGAGGUGUACCUGGUACCCCGAUCGAACAAGACGUAGAAUUUAUGGCAGGACGACGUGCUGGAUAUGAUGCUGGGGUGAAAGCUGGAUCAUCACGCAACAGUCGAGUCACUACCGCUCAGCAAGCUCCUGCAUUGCUCGGUCAAAACGCAAUUUUCAAUGCUGGCGCAGAACAAGGUUUUGAGAUCGGUCAUCAGCAACACUUACAACCGGACGCCAACAAAGCAGUCGGCCGCCAGAACGGUCAGGGCGCUCAAACCCAAGGAGCCGGCACAACAUCAUCUCAAGUUAGUCAAGAAGCGGAAUUUGAGGCCGGUCAACGUGCUGGAUUUCAAGCAGGCAUGCAAUCUGGAGUCAGUGGAAGUGGUGGACAAGCGCCGCCUGGCCUGUUCAGUCAAAACCCAUACUUCAACGCGGGUGCUCAACAGGGCUUCCAAGUAGCCGAACAGCAAAGGAUGAAUGCGGGUAUCAACCAGGCAGGUAGUUUACAAAGUGGAGCGAACUUUGGCCAGAAUGCGCAAUCUCAAGCUGGUUUAUCCUCCGGACUCAACACAUCGGGUCGCCAAAAUCUAGGUGGCUCUCAACAAGUUGGCUCCGAGGUAGAUGCAGAGUUUCUAGCCGGUCAAAAAGUUGGAUAUCAAGCAGGCGCAAAUCAAGGAGCUAACGGAAUGAGCUCUUCCGGGCAAGAGAUCUCAUCUCUGUUUGGUCAAAACGCACAAUACAAUGCUGGUGUGCAACAAGGUUUCGCGGCAGGAUUUCAACAGCGCGCACGCGCAAACUCCAACCAAUCAGUCGGUCCGCAAAGCGGCAUCAACGCGUCUCAAACGGGUCAAGCUCAAGCUAGUCAAGCUUUGGGCCGUCAAAGCAUUGGUACAUCCCCGGAACCCGGUUCCCCAGUGGAUCAAGACCCCGAAUUUGUAGCAGGUCUACAAGUAGGUGUUCAAGCCGGUCAACAAGCCCGCUCAAGUGGAGCUGGUAAAAACCCACAAGAAGCCUCCACUUUCUUUGGACAAAAUGGGCACUUUAAUGCUGGUGUUGAACAAGGCUUCGAACAAGGCUAUGAACAGGGCGCCUCCGCCAGGACUUGA